AUGGCAGAUGUUGGAAAUGUAAGUUAAAUUUUUGCUUUGAGUUUUGAACUUAGGCCUAAAAAUGGCUAGAAUUUGUUUUUUAUGUACAAGCUUGACCUACUUUUUAGUUAUUCUCGUUACUUUUAGACCAAUCUUUAUAUAAUUUAGUAUUUAGAACUUAAAUUCACGCCUUUUUUAAUAUCAACUCUAUUUAGUCUGAAGAAGCUGGUGUCAACACCGCCAAAGAUCCAACGCCGUCUGAAGACGCUCACACCGCCAAAAACCCCAAAACCGAGGAGGCCAACACGAACACUGAACAGAGUGCUGACACUCACACCUUGAGAGAGCCCACGGAUAACGAACGCAAGGACGCCAAGAGCUGUGCACCAGUCAAGGAGUUCAGCUUCACCGGGUUUGGUCAGGAAGAGUUCGAUUACUCCGCUUUCGCGUAAGUAUCUGAUCAUUACUGUUUUUAAGACCCACGUUCAUUCAUGACCACUUAUUGUAUUUUUCCCGACCUACUUAGAACUGUUUGUUUACCCGAUCAUUGUUCUUUAUCAUUUCAAAAACCUUUAAUUGUACCGUGUUAACCAUGCCAAUUUCAGCAAGCAAUCGACCCACGCCUUCGAUCCAGUCACCGUGGAAGCCAGAAAGAAGGAACGAAGAAGACAGAGAGCUAAAUCCAAAGAAGCUGCUGCUAAAAAGCAAUAA